AUGAUCGCUCGUGCCGCCUUCCGAUCCGCUGUCCGCGCCACUAAGGCCCCUACGCCCCUCUCGCAGCUCGGCGCCCGCCGUGGCUACGCCGAGGCCGUCAGUGACAAGCUGAAGCUCUCGUUCAUCCUUCCUCACCAGGCCAUCUACAACUCGACCGAGGUGACGCAAGUGAACAUCGCUUCGGCGUCAGGAGACAUGGGUAUCCUCGCCUCGCACGUUCCCGCCGUGGAGGAGCUGCGUCCGGGCGUGCUUGAGGUGGUCGAGUCCUCCGGAAGCAAGAAGUGGUUCGUCUCCGGCGGCUUUGCCACCGUGCACCCCAACAACAAGCUCGUAGUCAACGCCAUCGAGGCAUACCCGCUCGAGAACUUCUCCGCCGAGGCGGUCCGCUCGGCACUCAGCGAGGCCCAGCGCGUCGCUUCGUCUGGCUCGAGCGCAGAGGCUAAGGCCGAGGCUGAGAUCGAGAUCGAGGUCUACACCGCUCUCCAGGCUGCGCUUGGCCGAUCUUAA